AUGGAGAAGUGUAAACUAAAACUUUUUCUUUGUUCUUUUUUCGUGUGGAUUUUCGUGGCUUUCACAUUUUAUAAAAGAUAUAGAUACGACUUUUAUCGAAAUUAUGAAGAACAAAAGGUGUCACUCUAUUCUGAGGAAUCAUUUUACUUUUCUUUUUUUGACGACAUUGUGAAAUCUAAGACAUACAUGGAAGGGAUCAAUCUGUUGAUACAUGAUAACAGGAGUGAAUAUCCCAACACUAUCAAUGCCAUUAGACGUUUCAAUGUGUAUCCAGAAAUUGUGCUGGGAACACUAUGGAGAGUUCUAAAUUUAAAAGAACACGUCGCAACUCCUUACAAUUUUUACGUAUACGCAGUCCUACUUUCCCAGGCUGCCAGCGUCAGUACCUUGUUCUUUUUUUCAGUGUAUUUGGGAAGGUCCUAUAUCUCGGGUGUCAUAUUCUUAAUGCUUUUUUUUUCAUGCUUUAGAGAAAAGUUCAUAAUGAGGUUGUCAGCUUUUUCCUUACGAGAAAAUUUCUCUUCAGUGUACAUGUGGUGCAACAUUUUGUUCAUCUAUAUGAUCCUACGUGAGAAGAAGGCAAGAUUUGAGUGCAAAAAAUCACCCUUCCACUUGGUCUGUUUAUUUCUCUCUUCCCUUCUUUUUUUCAUCACAUGGCAAUUCUCUGUUUUUGUUAUGUUAACACAUGUGGUAACCCUCUUUGGGCUUGAUUUACUAGGAUUCAGAAUACAAAAAGAGUUGAACUAUAUACUGAUAACAUUCUCUUGUUCAUAUCUUGUCUCAUUACUUUUGACAUUUUUCCCGAGAUAUCUUCUCUAUACAUAUUUUCCUUUUGUGUUGAUCUCAAUUCUUGGCACCAGUAUUUUUUGUACUCAAGUAAUUCCAUUAAGCAGAGGAACCACGGUGGGUGGCCAGGAGGGAAAAACAGAUGCAGGUGUGGUGCAGAAGAAAGACGCUAGUGUGGUGAAAGGGACAGACGCUAGUGUGGUGAAAGGGACAGACGCUAGUGUGGUGAAAGGGACAGACGCUAGUGUGGUGAAAGGGACAAACGCUGGUUUGGUGAAAGGGACAGACGCUGAUGUGGUGAAGGGGACGUAUGGACAUGCCUUUAGAAGAGGACGAGGAAGCAUCCAUAUGAUCAGAAGUAGUCACACAUGUGAGGAACGAAUCGAAGAGAAGCUCCAAGCAGAGAAACUCCAAGUAGAGAAACGCCAAGCAGAGGUAUUCAGCACCUGGUCAGGUAAAUUUUGCUCCGUUCAGAAAAAAAUGGGAUUCAUGCUGAAGAAGGGAUUGACAUCUAUAGUUAUAUUCCUGCUGCUACGUCUGAUUACAUUUGGAAUAGAAAAGGAUGACUCACACGUAAUGUCUCUGUUAAAAGUGCGUCUACAUCUAAGUAGUCAUAAUUUUGAUAGCAUGAUAUAUAGUGUGGGCUCUGAAUUCAAUCCGUUUACAAAACGCAUGUUUAACAUGAUAAAAGAAACAUCAUUGUUUGAAUAUUUCCUACUGUUUAACGUAAUUCUACUCCUUUAUGUAAUGAAUUAUUGUGUGUGCUUAUGCAGACGAAGAAAAAAAAUCGAAUUUGGGUUCGAGGUGUUCCAUGCACAAUUUUUCUACUUGAUCAUUCAAUUUGGAUUUUUUGCCUUACUUAUGCUUAUUAUAUCUCGACUCCGUGUUUUGGCAUUGCCCCUCAUGUGUCUCUUGAGCAGUCUUCUUGGAUCUCCUUAUUUACUCUCCGAUAUAUGGCUAGUUACUAUGGAAAAUUUGUUCCUUCUAGGGCCUAGUAAGAAGACAUUGUCCAAACUCAUCAUCUAUGGAAUUUGUCUCUUAGAAUGCAUUUACCCAUUCAUAAAAUAUUUCCCAACUUAUGAAUACAUCAAUAUUAUGGAAAAUAAAGCACCCAAUAUAAGUAAGAACAUGGAUUUAAUUGUAUGGUUGAAAGAAAAUUUAAAAGAAGGGGAAGGGAUUAUUGCAGAUAUUCCAACAUCUAGUUUUUUAAGAUCAACUACAAAUUUCAAACUUGUUCUGAACCCACAAUAUGAAGAUGUAAGCUUAAGAAAAAGAGUACAAGACUACUAUAUGUUUUCGGGAUGUUUACCAUUUAGCGAUGCCAAAAAGUAUUAUUAUGAGAAAUAUAAAGUUCGAUAUUUUAUUGCAAAUAUAUAUAGAUGUGCAACAACUCCUAAUGAAGAAAUAAACGCAUUCACUAUUUCUGAACAAGUGGAUUCUAAUUAUGCUAAAUGUAAAAAUAGAAAAAGUAUGAAAUUCUGCCAGCGGGUAUUAUAUGAUGAUCAAAAUUAUAGGACUCUUUAUCGAAACGGAAAAUUUAGCGUUGUCUAUUUUCUCCCCAAACUUAUUCAUGAUAACUCUCCCUAUGAACAGUUUGAUCAAAUCAAAUACUCCGACAUGACUUAUUACACCCCUUGGAUAACUAGAUGCAUGCAAACGGACCAGAAGUGCCACGAGCACAUUGCGGAUGUUGCUAGAUCCCAUUUGGACGUACUCAGGCAUUAUCAAAUUGGGUUUGCGUUGUACAAAUUUGUGGAGAAAGCUCUUCACCAGUAUCAUUAUCAACAUCGUGACCACAUGGAACUGCAUCUGGAUCAGAAGGGAGACCCCCAGCAUUCCAAACAAUCAACCACGAGAUCCCACAACUUAUCAACCCUUUUCCACUUGGCAGAAUUCUACGAUUAUGACAUAAGGAACUCAAGAAUGGCACACCAGUUUUAUAAGAGAGGGAUUAAACUAAUCACGAUUCCAAACCCAAGUAGCGAAAACAGUUAUGUUAUCUUCCUAGAUCCUUAUGUUUCCAUAUCAGUGCGGAUUCAGAUGAUCACUUCCUACAUCUACUUCUUGAUAGAAACAUCUUUAUAUCAACAGAGAAGGAAAGACAUUUUCUUUCUUUACCAAAACAUAGGAAUCCUUAUACAGGUAGCCAAUUUUGCGCUUGACCAUGGGUUCUACUAUGAGGUGUGGCAAGGGGAAGAUGUGAACGAAGCUGGAGACGUGGAAAAUACACAGGAAUGUCAAGGUGCAAGCUCCGAAGGGAAAUGCAAGUGGGGAGGUACAAAGCAAAGUGGCCAAGUGAGCAUAGGGAAAAUGAUAAAGAGAAAAUUUCAUAUACGGGAAUUAGACAUGAUCUUAAAUGUCUUGUGUGAAAAUGCAGUAUACUUGUACAACAUACGAAACGAAAAUGAUGAAUAUAUUCAUAUAUACAAAAAGAUGUGGAAGUUGGUUAGACGUGUGUCUCACAUGCAUGAAUGUGUUUUUAAAAACUUUCAUCUUUUCGAGAAACGGCAGGUUGGGUUCUUGGACUAUUUGGCAUUUUUCUAUCUGUACCGGUGA